AUGUUUGUCAUCAAAUGGGACGAGCCCAUCCUCGUCCGAGCUGCUCACUCACCAACAAGGCGCGCUAUCGAGUUCAGGGCUUCCAGGAAGACACAGAAGACAGUCACUUCCGUGGCUGCGCGACGCCAACUUGAGCGAAUUAUCCCUCUUCUCGCGGAGCGCAUGAUGGAUCCCACCUCUGAGCCGCUUCCCGCCAGGUUUGACAUCUUCAAUGAGCGGGAUCGAGUGAUCUACCAAUUCAAGGUCAUUUGCCAGACGCGUCGAAGAGAUGAUGUCAACCAGACGCGUCCAGCCCGGGUGGUGGUCACUGCGGUCGAGUGUCAGUAG